AUGAGUAAUGAUCUUGAUGAUCUCUUCUCAGCAUCUCUAGAUGCCAAUGAUCUCCAAGAAAUAGAAAAGGAUAAAUAUGGAACUAAGUGGUCAUCGCCAACACAAAAUCCAGUGCCAGAAUCUCCAGAGAUUUCUAUUUUCGCAAAGAGAAAGUUUGUUGAAUCAAUGAAGGAGAAUUGUUCUCCAGAAAAUUCUCAGAAGUUGAGCAAGCUCAUCACUGAUGAAAGUGAUCCUCAAGAUCAGAAUAUAUUUGAAUACAGCCAAGAUUCACUAGACCUCAGCUCUAAUGAAGACAUCAGUGCUGCUAUCGAGAAAUACGAGAAACUUCUUGGAACAGAUUUAAAAUAAUUCAGAUUCCUUUAAACAAAUGUCAGGCAGUUUUGGAUCUUCAGGAAACUCCUGGGGUCUCAAUGACAGAGAGUUGAUCGAAGAGGAAAAGAUUUCUCACUCUCAAGCUUCCAAAAAUGAGAAUUCUGAAGGACCUAAUGGAGAGAAUACGAAUAAUGAUAGCACAGAAGAUACCUCUGCUAUAAACACUAUUCUUUCAAAUUCUAACUUUAGUCUUACUCAGUACCUUGAGAAUGAUGACUUGAAGCUCACACCAGAAGAGCGUCUUGUUAAGCAGAGGGAAGCAAUCAUUGAGAAAGUUAAGAAAAUGUGAGAUAUUUUCAGCAAAUACAAUAAGACUGAUCGAGAGAAUUACCUCCAAGAAAUGCAUUUAAUUCUACGGAUCCUAAAAUUUGAGGAGAUUAUCGACAACAUCAUACCUUCAUUUAAUAUAUUCAUUGAAGAGUCAGACGACUUGAAGGCUAAAUUCCUCCUAAUUCUCCCUGAAGUUAUAGAUUUUUUAAUAAAAGAAAACUUCGAUACUUCUAUAGAUCAAAUAGUUCUCAAUGUGUUUCCGACUCUAGAAUCUCUGCUUAAGAAGUCUAAUGACGAAAUCAGAGAGAAGAUAAUAGAGGCCUUGACCAAAAUAAGUGAUAAAAUUGGCAAAAAGGAGGCUUCAUCUUCUUUAAACAAUAUUAUUUUGUCUCUAGUCGGCACUUUCCAAUCAAAUGAGGAGAUUAUUUACAAAUUAAUCCAUGCAUUUGCAGAGAAGUACAUCAAAAUGAAGGAAAUAAAGGAAUUUUGUAAGGCAUAUCAUGAGGAAUACAACAAGACAAAAAGUCCUUUAGCAAAGAGGCUCCUUGCCCAUGCACUAGCAUCCAUAUCUAUGAACUGUAAGAAGAAUACGUCAAGAAAAUACGUCCUUCCUACCUUCUUAAUUUUAUGAGAGGAUGCUCAUUGGGGUGUACGUAAAGCUUGCGUGGAGUCAAUGGAAAAGUUUCUUACAGCAUAUUUUCAAAACCAUGAGCCUCAGAAGAAAGAUGUGGUAAAGAUUUUGUGAAUCAUUGAUAAUUUGAUUAAAGAUGAGUCAAAAUGGGUGAAAAAUACAAUGUUUAGUGAAUUUGGAAAAAUUAUCUAUCAGAUUAGCCUAUACAAUCAAACUGAUCUGAGUAAGAAUAUUGAUAAGCUCAUCGUGAAUUACAUUGAGGAAGGCCUAAAGGAUGAUCUUGAUGAUCCAGAGUUGAUCAAUUAUAAUAUUUCAUACAAUAUGCCAUGAUUGAUCCUGGUCUCCAGUCCAAAGCUAUGGAAAUUUAUCCGGAAUAGCUAUACUAGCUUGUGAGGUCAUAGUUCUAUUAAUAUCAGAAAAACUUUAGCUUCUUCUUUUCAUGAAGUCUUCAAAACACUUCAUGGAUGUCAGACAAGAAGUAUGUUUGAGUCCCAACUUUUAGAAAUAUUCUGCAAUUUUAUGGGAGAUAUUGAGCAAAUAAAAUUCAAAAUUCUUCAAAACAGUGAAAAAUAUUGGAACUUUUGGAGCCAAGAAACUCAAGAGAUUCUCUUCAAAGUUGUUUCAGACAUGUAUUCUUUUGAAGAUUGCUGGAGACUUCAACAAGUCAAAGCGAGGAUGAUAAAAACUAUUGUUGAAAAUUAUUCUAUCGAAAAGCUCACUUCUCAUACAAUGUUACAAAAAUGGGAGAAACUUCUUGAUUCUGAUAACUACUCAGUACAAUGAGCAGUAAGUGAGAAUUUAUGCUUCUACAUCUCUAAAGUUAUGAAAGAUGGCAAUUCUAUUGCUAGAGAGAAAUGCAAGGAGAUAUAUACAAGUUAUUUUAAUGCAAAGAAUUAUAAAUAAGAGAAUACUUUUUAUCCAUAUGACCCAUCUAUUGAUCAAGCAUGAUAUUGAGCUAUUUAAAAAUGAAUUCUCUUCAAUGUAUGUCUCCUUGAGCCAGGAUAAAGUCAAAAAUGUUAAAAUAUUCCUUACAAAAAUAUUGAAUGAGUAUGGAGAUCUCAUAAGCCAAGUUGAAGAAUUGGAAGAUGUAGAAGCUAAUCUUCAAGAUAGUGGAAUUAAAGAGAUAGAAAUUAUAUAUAACCAAUCUACAAAAGAGAGUCAUUGAAUUUUACCCAUCAAAUACGAAAUUUUCUACUUGAAUUUUAUCGAACAGUCAGAUCCUGCUUUAUCACAUCUGGCUAUUCAGGUUUCUGAUCCUGAUAACCCAGAACUAUUAAUGGACAAGUCAGAAGAUGCUUACUUAGAAAAGAAUAAUGGAUCUUCAAAGGAAGAUCCUAGUAGUCUACCAAAGCCUCUACUGAAGACAACAUCGGCUAUGAAGGAUGAGUUCCAAGAAUUUGAUGAUUUCCUAGCACAGCUAAAUGAUUAAUUUGUCUGGUAUUGUUUCAAA